GAUUUCUCAUGUAUUGCGCUGUUCCGCUCAUGCCUUGACUAACGUUGCUGCUUGCCAGGGUUCCAAGUCCAAUGGUUUCGCCGUGACCGUGAUAUUUCUACUAUAUUUCUCAGCACAAUGCUUACUCGUGCGCAUGUGCUUUCGUGCUGGGCCCCGUAAUCUCAUCCGGCAAAGCCAGGACUGGGAGGGGUAUAUAAGGUCUGUAUGGUUUAUGUAUCUGCCCCCAAGUUCUUUAUCUACACUACACUGCUUAGCAUUCUUUCCAAACAAAAUGUCUCACCAACUUGUCUGGCUCAUCACUGGCACUUCGUCGGGUCUCGGCCGUGACCUAACCCUCGCUGCUUUGAAGCGCGGCGACAAAGUCAUAGCGACUGGCCGUGCCCGCUCUCUCUCCAAACUUGAUGACCUCAAGCAGUAUGGCGCUGACACCCUUGAACUCGACGUGACUUCUUCCUUGGAAACCCUUCAAGAUAUCGCCAAGAAGGCCGUCGCGAUUCAUGGGCGCAUUGACAUCCUCGUCAAUAAUGCGGGCUUUGUGGAACUUGGAACCCUAGAGGACCUCACACAUCUGGAGACAUACAAUCAGUUCAAUACCAACGUGUUUGGCCCUCUGAAUAUCAACAGGGUAUUUCUGCCAUACAUGCGCGAACGCAAAUCUGGCACCGUUGUUUGGCUUGGUUCUAUUGUUGGUUGGAUCGGUUUCGGCAGCAUUGGCCUGUAUGCCGGAACCAAACACGCUGUUCGAGGGCUUUCCGAGAGCUUACAUCAAGAGAUUUCUCCUCUGGGACUGCGGAGCAUUUGCUUUGAGCCAGGAUACUUCCGAACGGACUUUUUAAGUGAAGACAACCGUGGUAAUGACAAGACUCGUAUCGAGGACUACAGGGAGAUCAACGAAAGGAACUCCGCGCUCUUCAAUGCUUAUAAUCACAACCAACCUGGCGAUCCUAAGAAGGCCGUCGAAGUCAUGAUCGACGUCAUUAAAGGAGACGGUGCUGCACGGGGUAAAGAGUUCCCUACUGUCGUUGCGCUCGGAAGCGACGCAUAUGAUGUUAUCAAGGGUGCUUGCACCACGGCAUCGGACAGGUUGGAGGCUUGGAAGGACCUCACAGUUAGUACAGACUUCCCCAAAGGGAACUGAGGUCUAUCGGUCGAAAGAUGUUUGACUUAUAAUAGUGUUGGCAAUUGUACAAGCGUUUCUAUCUUCCACCCAUGGCUUUUGAAACUGAAUGCCUACAAAACGGAUGCCGCGCCGUUCAUCAUCAUUACAGAGACUGCUGUGUUCCAUUAGGACUCUAAGUAUCUCGCCACCCCAUCCGAAGGUUGUCUUAGGCUUAGAUCACCCUCCAAUCCCCUAGAGCUCUAUGUCCGGCCGUCUCCAUGUGAAAUACGUGCACAUGGCGAGUGCAAACCAUGCCCAGUGACCAGGCAAGUGCUGAAGAACGUCAUUUCCUACGACGUCCUGCUUACUCUGACGAUGCCCUUCCGAUGUAAAGCACUUAGCGAA